AUGACAAUUACUAGUCUAUUAUCACCAAAGAAAUUGUUAAAUAAAGAUAAAGAUAAAACAUCUAAUGCUACCAAAAAGCAAGAUCAAUUUUUUACAACCGAUAAUUCAUCAUCUUCAAUUUCAACAAAUAAUAAUACUACAAAACCACAAGGUAAUACUUCUACAACUUAUAAUGGUCAAAUAUCAUCUCCUCAAUUCUCAAAAUCAAAUUAUACUUCAUUGGCUCCACCACAAGUAAAUGAUCAACAAUUAGAUUCAGCAUUUUCGCCACCUUUACUGCCAAAUAAUAGAGUAAGAUCUCCAUUAUCUCAACCACCAACUACUUCAUUUGAUGAUUCAAAUUAUGGAUUUAAUCAACAUUCAACAAAUCAACAAAAUCAAAUCAAAAAUUCGCCGUUAUAUUUUUUAUCUCAUAGUGACAAUAGUAGUUCAAGUGCAGAUUCUUCAAACAAUAUAAGAAAUACAAAUAAUAAUAACAACAAUUUCAAUUUACCAAAAAUAAAUGCAAGUGUUUCUGAAGUUUCAUCAAUAAAUGAUCAAUAUUCGUUACAAUCUCCAAAGAUAAGACAACUGGGAAGACAAUCUGAUGUAUUUUCAGAUACUGGUAGUACCCACACUAGUUCACCAAAAAGAUCAUUAAGUGAUAGGGCCAAAAAGACUCCAUCAUCAUUUGUACGUCAAUCACGAUUAUUUUCAAAUGAUUUAAGCGAUAUUGAUUCACAAUCAUUAAAUUCAUUAACUGGUAGAUCACUACUUUUACAAAAUAAAACUCAAACUGAUAAUUUAGCACCAGAAUUUCAUCCAAUUGUAACAUUAUUAAAUGCACAAAAAUUAAGAACGUAUUGUAUUGGAUCAUUUCAAAUUUUGGGGUAUUGGAAUGGUGAAAAAGUGUUUUUUGAAGUUGAUUCAAAAUUAACCGGUAAUGAAUUAGCCAUUUGGAGACCACUGAAUGAUGAAUUUAUAAUUGAUGAUGGUCAUGAUGAAUUUAAACCAAAAUAUAUAAAUUUAAUAGAUUCAAAUUUCGAAUUUUUAGGUGAUUUACAAAUUAAAAUUUAUCAAGAUUAUAGGGAAGAUUCAAGUAUAAUCAUUCGUUUCCAUAAUGAGCUUGAUUUUAAUAAAUGGAUGAGUUCAAUUAUUUUAAGUAAAUUUGAAUAUAUUAAAUUGAAUGAAGCUUUCACUGCUGUUUUAUUAAGUUCAAAAGGUUCUAAAUUAUCAGAUAUUCAUGUUUUGUUAAGUCAUAAAAAAAGAUUUAUCGAAUAUGAAUGGUGUAAUAUUAGAUUACCUGAAGUUUCAUCAAAAUGGAUUAAAGUUUAUAUGGUUAUAUUACCAAGUGAUAAACAUCAUUUAGGUAGAAUUGAAUUAUAUCCAUCUGAUAAAAAAAUGCAAAAAAAACAUUUAAUUGCAUAUAUUAGUGAUUUAUCAAGUUUAUUUAAUGUAUAUCCUGAACAAUCAAAUAUGAUUGAUUUUAAUUCAAUAAUGAGUGCUUCUGGUAGUAUUCAUAUAAAUAAAAAUUAUGAAUAUUUAUUUCCAUACACUAAUCCAGAACAACAACCUCAUGGUUCAUCAGAUCCAAGAAAAUUGAUUGCAAAACAUCAUCGUGGCUCAUCCAGUAUAUCAAGAUCUGGUUCAAAUAACUCACUAUCUUCAUUAGGAGGUAAUGGUAAUGAAUUACAACCACCUUCAACUCCAAUGUCAAGAUCAAGAUCAGGCUCAUUAAAUUCAACAAAUUCAUUUUUCACACAUUCACCAUCAAAUUCAAAUUUAAAUCAAAUUACAAGAAAUAGAUCAAUUUCAAAUGUUUCUGAUUCUACAACAAAUAACACUAAAAAAUUCCAUAAAAAAUCACAAACUGAAUUUGAUUUAAAUAAAACAAAUUCAGGAUUUUUUAAAAAACAUGCAGAUGAAUUUGUUUCAACUAAUAUAAUGUAUAUAAUGCCAAUUCCACAUCCAGGAGUAAGUGCAGUUGAAACAAUGGUUCGUAAUUUUAUUCCAAUGAUUGAUUCUUUUAAAUUAUAUGGUAGACCAAAACAUUUAUUAAGUGAUAAAACAAAUCAAAAUUCAAUGUUAUUUGGAUUACCAAGUUUACCUCAUUAUCAAUAUUUAUCAACUCAUGAAUCAACUGAAGCAUUCAAUGAAUUUUUUAAAUUAACAAUGACAAAUUUUGAAAUGGAAGAUAUUUUAAAAAAUAAAAUCAACGCAUUACAAUUUAAAAAUUCAAACAAACCUUAUAAAGGACAUGGAGAUAUAAAUAAAUUAUAUGAUAAUUUAGAUUUAAGUUUUGAUGAAAUUCAUUCACCUGUUUUGAGAGGGGUUGAUGUUUCAAAUGGUAUUUCAAAUAUUAUAAAUGGUGGUGGAAAUGGAUUUAUCAAUAGUAAUGAAGAUGAUUUACCAAGUUUAGGUGAUCCAAUUAAUUUAAAUUCUCCAAGAAUUGCAAGUCCAUUAAGUGUCUAA